AAAAAUGAAUAAUUUCGCAUUUUUAAUUACCAUAAACAGAAAAAACGUAGAAGCGGCCGGUCUGGUUUAGUCCUGAUAGAGUUGGUUGGGAUAAACUCUAUUAUCUUCGAACAGCAAAGAAACAGAAGAAAUUUUUUACCAAGAAUGGUUCUUGAAAUGCCCCAAAAAAUUCUAUCUUGAUGCUUCCAAGUUUACUGUCUAUUACCAACUAUCACUCAGACAAUCAGAAAAAUAGACCCUUAUAGCAGAAAGAAGAAAAGAAAUGCUAAUGAUACAGUCUACCAUUUCACCUCCUGUGCAAAAAGCCGUACUUGUUCCAGCUAAAAUUGCAGUAAGUGGUAAACAUGCCUGUUAUCUUGCUUUAAAUUGUGGGUUUGGUUCACAGUCAGCGUAUUUUCCCUUUCCAAGGAGACCCAUCAAGCGAAAUUCAAUUCAGCUGCAGAUGUUAGCAAGGAAAACAGAUUCAUUCCCACUUUUGUUUUCAGAGAAAGUUGAUGAAUCGCCAGAGAAGUUGCUAAAUGGUGGAGAUAUUACUAUUAGUAUUGGACAGGUUCUCUCUCUAUCUGCUUUCUCAUGUGGAUCUAUCUUCUGGUUGACAUCUGGGCAAGUGGCAUCAGCAAGUGAAGGUUUCAGAGUAAAUAUGAUCUUUGAGGUCGGAGAGUUAUUUGAAUUGGGAAUCCAGCUUACUUACCUGCUUUUACUACUAUCAUUGCUUGGGGUUGGAAGUUUCUUUGUGAUUCGGCAAGUCCUUGUCCGCAGGGAGCUUGAUCUGUCUGCCAAAGAAUUGCAAGAGCAAGUUAGAAGCGGUGAUGCCAGUGCAACAGAGCUUUUUGAACUUGGAGCUGUGAUGUUGAGGAGAAAAUUCUACCCAGCUGCUAUCAAAUACCUUCUUCAGGCAGUAGAAAAGUGGGAUGGAGAUGACCAAGAUCUUGCCCAAGUUUACAAUGCCCUUGGUGUCAGUUAUGUACUUGAUGGAAAAAUUGACAAAGGAAUUGCCCAGUUUGAGAAUGCUGUGAAAGUUCAACCAGGUUAUGUCACGGCAUGGAACAACCUAGGCGAUGCAUAUGAGAAAACCAAAGACUUGACAUCUGCUCUAAAAGCAUUUGAAGAGGUCCUUCUUUUUGAUCCUAAUAACAAAAUAGCUCGUCCUAGGCGUGAUGCAUUGAAGGAUAAAGUAACGAUGUACAAAGGAGUAUCGGUGAAAUCUAAGAAGAGUUGAUAUAGCGAGCACGUCAGUGCUUUUACACGCUUGCGCUGAUUAUCUGUUUGAGCUCUUUUUAUUUUCUUUUUCCCCUUUUUCCGCUUCUCCUACACAAGUAGAAUUUCGUUGUCAUGGCUUUGUUAAAUUUUUGGAUGUUCCACAACAGAGGUGGGCAAGAAGUUUUUUAACUUCUUCAUCAUUCUGUCUUUGGUGUAUAUGAAAUUGACAGUGUAUAUUCUACUUUAUUUGCAUAGAAUUGGGCGGACGGUGAUGAUUCCUGCCGCCUUUUAUAAA